UGUCUCGUUCCGACUGGGCAAUAGUAAUACUCGAACUCACAACUCGGUUGCUUGCCAUCAGCAGCGAAUAAUGACAUCAUAUACUAAAAGCACCUAUCGAGGAGCCGCAAGUUCACAAACACCUCCGCUUGAUUCUCUAGGAGGCCACAUCAGCGAACCACAGAACGCAGGGUACAACUCGGCCCCUUCCAGCGCCACUCCGGCGUCAUUCUUCCAACCUUCCCCAGAAGUCCCUGUCAAGGCCGUAAUCAUCGGCAUUUCACUUCUGUGCGCACGCAGUGAAUUGCCAGAUAGAUAUCGACAGGUCAACUGCUGCGCUGGCCUUUACCCACUGAUAAGAUGCAGGGCAGGUGCCAAGACCUGUAUCCCGACAAGAUACAAGCCCGUUGGAUCCUGUCGGAGCUUACAGCGACGAACUGCAGUUCACUGGUUAUGGCAAGAGACUUGCCGAGAGCCUGGGCGGAGACAGAAAAAGAAAAGAAGGCUGCGUUAUUUUCGAGGCGCAAGGUUCUCAAGGAGGUGUGAGAUGUUGCUAAGUGCUAAGUGUGACCUGUGACAUCCUGAUCUAUAUUCAGAAGGUAAUACGCCUGCAUGUUCUGGUCAGUCCGCAUUGGAGACUUGGUGAAGUGGCAUGUAAAACAGGCUUGAUCAUCAGUGCGAGCGCUGCUGCUGAUCAUGAAGUAACACCGUAAUGAUGCGUAGAGGAAGGUAUCUAGCGGUGCCGGUCCUAGCAGCCAUAAGCCGCACA